GUUUACGAUUACAAGAAAAGAGAGUGUUCUGCGUCGAUAUUAUUAUGAAAUUAACAACUAUUUACUUAUAUUUUCAUCAUAAAAACAGCAUGAAGAAACAUAUUUUGUUAGUGUGAAACUCAUUCCUCAACAAAAUUGCCGAUAUGACUGCGGAGGGGCGGGUGAUGGGGCGUCGCUUUGUGCUAACCCUCGUGAUCGGAAUAUCGGCAGGAUUUAGUUUUGCAUACAUACUAUUAACAUCGACAGGAUUCUCUCGAGAUGUAGCUAUCUCCGCGUACAGAGAAGCGGUCCGCGACCUCGAUCGUCAUCCAAUCGCGUCCAUUGUCGAUCACGACAAAGAUGAGCCUGCGCACAAGAGCGAGGAUCGAUCAGUGGCCGAUGAACUGGCUAAGAGAGUCAGGGUGCUAUGUUGGGUGAUGACCCAGCCCAGUAGCCAUAGGACUAAAGCGGCCCAUGUGAAAGCCACGUGGGGGAAGAGAUGUAAUAAGAUUAUUUUCAUGAGCACUGCUGAAGACUCGUCGUUGCCAGCGGUAAAAUUACCAGUGUAUGAGGGUCGAGACUACCUGUGGGCGAAGACGAAGGCUGCCUUCCGAUACGUGUAUGAGCACCAUCGUAGAGACGCUGAUUGGUUUAUGAAGGCUGAUGAUGACACUUACGUGAUAGUGGAAAACUUAAGAUACAUGCUUGCCGACUACAGGAGCACUGAUCCUAUUUACUUCGGUUGCCGAUUCAAGCCAUUUGCUAAACAGGGCUAUAUGAGCGGCGGCGCGGGCUACGUGCUGAGUCGUGCGGCGCUGGAUCGGUUCGUGAACAAGGGACUACCUUCGCCGCAUCUCUGCAAAGCCUCGGACACCGGCGCUGAGGACGCCGAAAUGGGCAAAUGCUUAGAACGCAUCGGUGUGAAAGCCAUGGAUUCAAGGGACUCGCUACAUCGCGGCCGGUUCUUCCCGUUCGUGCCUCGCGACCAUCUUUUCCCAAAUAAAGACAAAAGUUUCUGGUACUGGAGCUAUCUCUACUACCCUUCUGACGAGGGUUUGGACUGUUGCUCCGACCACGCAGUUUCGUUCCACUACAUCCGGCCCGAAGAAAUGUACGUGUUAGACUACUUGAUUUACCAUCUCCGACCUUACGGCAUCGCGUUUGGACAUUUAGAUGAUAACCAAACGACCAAACUUAUUGGAGGAGUAAGCAAUACUACAACUAAUCCAGCAACUAAAUCCGGGAAAUCUGCAAGUACCAAAUUAUAACCUUAAAUAAUUUGACAUGCUGAUCUGACGUUUGGUGGGUUGCCGCUGCUGAUGGCAUUACUAGAAAAUCGAAUAGGACUUAUAUUUUUAAGCUGUGGCAAUGUUUUUUGUAAUCAGUGGGGCCCUAGGGUUGUGCGAGGUGUGCCACCGCAUCGGGCGCCAAAAUGGGGGGGGGGGGGGAAUUAUAAUUAAAUCAACCAAGACUGGUUCACCCUGGCCGUAAACUUACGUCAUCGGGUUAGAUUGCUCAUACCGGAUGGCCGUAAACAACAUUUUUUUAUUUUAAGGGGUUGAGGGGUGCCACUUUGAGGACUCGCACUACCUAAAAAUUUUCCUAGGGCUGCCAGUGCUUGUAAUUUUUACUUGUCGUCUAAUAGAUCAAUUGUUUGGUUAAAAUACCAGUGUUGCUUAGAUAAAACGGGGUUACUGUCGCGAAUAAUUUCUACUUUUUGGUUAUUUAGAUUACUACUUACAUUAUUUGAUGACAAUUCGACGCGUAUUUUGUCGAGUUCUGGAGCUAACCACGCUUAUAAGAAUCUAACCCGCAAAUUCAUUAUAAUACUUUUUGUUGUUCCUAUUUUUUGCUCAAUAUUUUAAAUAUUCAACUGAUUGAGCUAGUUCUCAGAACGGAUUAUUUAUUGACAGUGUAAUAGAAAACCUAAUACUUAUACAAUUUUAGUUAGUAGUAAUUAAUAUAUUAUUUACCAAUUUCACUGGUUUUAUAAUCGGAAAUGUUUGUCACAUGCAAACUUUGGUACUUCUAGACCCAGUCAUAACAAAGGGGCCUAAUUGUAAAUAUUUGGGACAAUGUAUAGUCAGAAUUAAAGAUCGCUCACUCUGAUAGGAAGAGUAUUCAUCUUUGACCACAUCUAAGUCAGGCACACCCCGGACAUUUCAUACAAACAACCUCGUUUUACACAGACAUCACACAUUGAUUAUCGUACACGCGCAUCUGUGUGUGUGACGUCUGACGCCAUACGAUUCCAGUCUAAAUUAUGUUCGAGGGGUGGGGGGGGGGGGGGGGUGAGGUAAACCUAGCUCAGACGCUGGUGGGGAGCGGAGAGUUGCCGUUCUAUACGUAGUAUUAUUCCUUAUUCUAUGUCUGAGGUCAGAGUGAAUAUUCCCCCUAUUCCCAGUAGUUUUACUGAGUAGUCUUACCAGUUGAACUAUUGGGAAUUUCCUUCCCGAUAGACUUAAUUUUGUACCCAGUAGACUUCCCAGUAAAAUAAAAUUCUCAAUCGUUUACUUACAUUCUAAGUAUCUUUAAGCAAGAAUAUUUCAGUCUCGACCGCUUCUCAGACUAAGGUAAGAGUGAAUGAUUACUUUCUAAGUAAGAGAUCUUCGACAGCAUCUAAGUCUAAGGUCAAAGUGAAUGGUUAUUUUAUAAGCAAGAGGCCCUUCUAUUCGAAACUAUGUCUGUAAAAUCGAUAAUAAAAUAUUAAAUUUCGUAUAUAUAAGGGAUUCUUUCAAGCCGGCGAAGACUCAAAUUAUUUAACCGAAUCGAACAUAUUCGACCCAGAAGUUUUAUAAAACGUCAUACUAAGUUGAUCUGAUAUAUGUGUGUACAAAAGUAAAUGAUUAAUGUUUAAGUAUUGUAAAUAAUGCGUUUGUAUAUUUGGAAAUACCAUGUAGGGUAAUUUAACAAGAUAUUGGGCCGAUUCCGGCGGACAUGAACUUGUUUUUAAUUUUGUUUUGACAGUUCCUAAAGUAGCUCUGUCUCUUUCUUGCACGUAUCGAAAGUAAAGGACAGCACUAUUUUAAAAAGUGACAAUAUCGAACGACCCGCACUCAUCGCUAUUGGAGCACAGACCACAAACACUUCUUUUGUUAUCUGAAAUAUUCAGGGCUAGAGGUAAGGGUGUUCCAUUUUAGGUCACAUCAUUGUCACUUGCCCUCAGGGAAUCUAAAAAGGCCACAUGUAAGCAAUUCAUGUAAAAAAGCAUUAUUGCAAUUUGACAUUUGCGCAUGUUAAAGUAAGUACCCGAUAUUACAAAAAAAAAAAGAUUAGAUUAGUACAAAUGUCAAAUAGCAAUAUUUAUGUUUUAGAAGAAUUAUUUCAAUGUGGCAUUUUAGGCACCCAGGUGAGAAUGUGGUGAAAUGCGAACAUCUGUCAACGCGGCAUGGCAACUGCGCCGCGCGCAGCGCGAAUUAUAUCCAGGUCUUCGCCCAAUAGCCGUACGAGAACUGUAGCACUAAAUAAAAAUAAUUUUAUCCAACAGCGCCAUUAAUAUUAAUAUCCUGUAGGACGUCUGCUUAGUUCAAUAACAGUAACACACAUAGUCAAUUAAUGUUUGAUAUCAACAAUUUGUAUAACAGUGCGUUUUAUAUUUAAUUAAGAAUAUUUAUUUUCAAAAGCAUAAUAAUUUUUUUUGUGUUUAAGAACGCUUUAUAUCAGGGUGUAAAAGCAUUUAUUUAUUAAUAAAUUCAGUUGCAAUAUUAUUUUAAAAAAUGGAUGUAAUAGAAAUAGCAUGUACCUAGUGGUAUAGGCACGGAUUUACGAUAGUAUCGACGCGACAUAAUAUCUAGUUAAAAAUGUAUGGGAAUUUCAUGUGUUCCAUUUUUACCCGUCAUAAGAUACCGAUACGAUUAUAAAUGAAUGCUUAGACCACAGGUUUAUCGUAGUUAUAAUCUAUAAACGAAGUCAUGAUAAUGUAAAUUAGUUUAUUUAUAAAGAAAACACUGGCAACAUUAUUCUCAGCAGACUUCUGAAUGGCUACUUUAUCGCGUGCGAUGCGAAGUAUACCACGCACUGGUUUCAACCUAUGGCCGUUCGACAUACCUCCGCCGUAGCACGAGUUAGUCGCGGCUGGUGCGAUAUCGCAAUCCGUGCAGUGAUGCCAUGUUUUUUAUUUUGAAAAUCGAUAUGACUACGGAUCUAUUUUUAUUUAAUCUAUUUUGUACUUUGUAAAACACAGUGAUAUAAAUAUAAUAAUUGUAUAACGUCAUUUGAUAGAUUAAUACCGUGUGUAUGCUAGUCCAUAAGUUAAAUAAAUAAUUAUUUUCCAUCACGUUACCAAAGAUAAUUUUAAGUAAUACUUGCCUUUAUAAAGUGCAAAAUACAGACAGUUAUUAUUUAAUAAUGAUUAUUAAUAAUAAUAACAUAAACAGUCUAAUGUCCCACUGCUGGGCAAAUGCCUUCCUCAAGCAGUGCAUGACAAUUAUCUACUUAUUUAUUACUUACUUGAUUUAUAAUAAUAAUAUUGUGUGUUUAUAUAAAUCAUCUAUUUAAAAAUUUUGUUUGUAACAUGAAGUUACCAUAAAUAAGAUUAAUUAACUGGAAAAUAAUUAACAGUAGAAUACUAGGUAGUAUUUUGUAAACCGUUUCGUACGUAAUAAAUAAUAUAAAAGCAAGACAAUUAGUGUAAAAAUACGUACAGUAACUAAAAAUGCUGUCCGAAUAUCGCACGCGACACGAUAAAUGAGCCAGCUCUACUGACUAUGCGCUAUUGGUCGACGAUUUGUUUCGGGCGAUAUGCAGACAGCAUGCUACGAAA